AUCCUUUUAAGGGGAGUGGAAAAGUUGAGGCUUCUCUACCUCUCCAGCAAACUGUGCAACUGUUCAGUUUCAAUUUUAGACAGUCAGUUGAAGCAUUUCUGUCUGGCUUUAUUUUUCUGAGAAUUGCCAAGAUGUCCAACAAUACUACAGAAGAUGACUAUAAUUCGUUCAGUGAGCAACAAAAAAUGGAUACUUACCUCAAUGUCAUCAGAAUGCAAUACAUCAUUGGAUAUAUCAUCAUCUGCACACUUGGCCUGGCUCUCAAUUUUUUUGUCAUUAUUGCAGGCAGCUGUUACUGCUGCAAGUCUGACACUGCUAAAUGGGUCCUGGCACUAGCUGUGACCCACUUGAUCUUCUCAGCAUUCCUACCACUACAGAUCCUCUACAGCUGGUACCAUUUCAACUGGCAUUAUGGAAGACUUCUGUGCAAACUUUCAUCCUAUGUAGUUUAUGUCAGCUUGUUCUCCACAGCAGGUAUACUUACUCUGUGGAGUGUUAAUGACAUGAAGACAAGAACCAAAUGCAAAGGAAAGCUUUGCACUUCGCGCCAGCAUUCAUUGGUCCUGAUCAUGAUUCUAUGCUCCUGGACAUUUGCAGCAUUCGUAAGCAUCCCGUCUUUGUUUUCCCGAAAGCUUCGAUAUACAGAGCUGGGGGAGCAAUGCGUCGAUGACUUUGAUUAUGAUGUUGACAAGAUGACAAAAGAUAGCAUGAGGAAACUAACCACUCUAGUUUGUUUUCGGUUCCUACUUGGGAUUUUGUUCCCUGCAUUUCUGAUCGGCACUUAUUGCUGCUGUCAGGGUUCUGACAAAGAAAGGAUCUUGAGGCGAAUCAAAUGUUCGAUAAAAUUGGCUUACUUUGUGUGUUGGACUCCUGUGCUAACCAUGGCAUUCCUACAGGCUGUUACAAACAUUUUUAAUGAUUCCUUAUGGUAUGCAUUGCCUAUAGCUACUGCACUGGCUGCAGCUCACUGCUGUGUUAACCCAAUCAUCUAUCUUUUGGUGAGUCAAGACAUUAAAAUGCAGUGGAUGAAACAAUCACAAGGACUUGCCCAAUCACCCACAGAACUACCUUUAAUACAUGAAAGACUAGUAGCACGAUAAACUAUCAGUUUUGUUCCUGUUUUUCCAUGGUCGUUUAUUCUGUAUUCAUGCUUAUACAUACACAGUAAAAAGAUAUAUGGAAUAUACCUUAUAUGUUUGAUCAAUAUGAACCUUAUAAUGAGCUAUGUGUACAAUGUAUUGAUUAACAUUUAUCAUUUCUCAUGAACGAAGUGGAACGUCACACUGGUCUUUUGGUGGUAAACAUGUCAGACUGACUUUAAACAAAAUAUAAUCAUGCAUCAUUUUAGACUUUUAUAUCAUUUUGAACUUUUUGCUUUUGUAUAUAGUUUUGUAAAUAAUACUUUUAUGAACAACAUUUAUUGUUAUGCCAUGUGAAUGUUCUAAAUAAGCAUGUACACCAUAGCUGAGCUAUCUGAGCUUAAUAAACAGAUUUCAGAUCUGGU